GCUGCCGAACAAGUACAGCGACAAGUCCUAACCGACGCAUUGGGUGCAUUCCACUCACAUGGUGACAAUUACAUGACCAUUGUGCCCUUAUCAACACAUCGCGGGCAAGAGCCUCAUCUCGGAUCCACCUAGUACCUUGUCUGACCGACAAUGAUCAGGGCAGCUGUCUAAAGGCGCAAACCCCCCUCCCGUCAACGGAACACCGCAAGUCAAGGCACGCUUACAGUCAAUUCCCACGAUGUGGCGGGACCGCACCAACCUUUACAUAUCCUACCGUCAGUCGUUCACACAUCAUCCAGCCAAGAAGCCACGUUAUCUCGGCGCCUCCAAUGGCUUCUCUGAUAUCCCUUCACAAUCUGAAGAGAGCCGCAGACUCAUUACUGAAACGGGCGGAUCGGACGAGGAUGGCGACGCAAUUAUUGAGAUGGACGUGUUACCCCCGCGCUGGAUCGACGUACAGGACGAAGUGACAGAAAUGCUCGCAGAAGCCGCGCAGAAAUCCUCCCAGUUGGAUAAACUACACCAGAAACACCUCCUCCCCGGGUUUGGCGACGAAGAUAUCAAGAAGCAGGAUGAAGCAGCGAUCGAGCGACUCACCCAGGACAUUACGCGCUCUUUCCACGCAUGUCAGAAGGCCGUACAGAGGAUUGAGAUAAUGGUACGGGAUGCCAAACAGCAGGGCGGCGUCAGCAGCGGAGAUGAAACCAUGGCGAAGAACCUACAAAUCUCGUUGGCCGCCCGCGUGCAGGAAGCCAGCGCUCGGUUUAGGAAAAAGCAAAGUAAUUAUCUUAAGAAACUGCGAGGCUUGGAAGGAUCGUCCUCUUUUGACCGAUCGCCGACCCCGAUGCAAAACCCUUUUACUGAUCCCUCCCUCAUGGAAUCGGAUGCGGACAAGUCCUUUUCCCAGUCGACGCUUAUGCAGACCUCUCAGCGACUCUCAACGUCCAGUGACGCCGCUAUUGUUCAACGAGAACGGGAGAUAAAUGACAUUGCUAAAGGCAUUAUUGAGCUGUCGGACAUCUUCCGCGAGUUACAGGCUAUGGUGAUUGACCAGGGUACUAUGCUGGAUCGGAUAGAUUACAAUAUUGAGCGUAUGGGAACCGAGGUUAAAGCAGCAGAUAAAGAACUCAAAGUGGCUACCAACUAUCAGCGGCGCACGGUAAAACGCAAGAUUCUCCUCCUCCUGAUAAUCUUGGUUGCAGGGUUGUUCAUUGUAUUAUUAGUCAAACCUAAGAGACAUGACUCCCCUGCGCCUUCUUCACCAGCACCAGAGCCACUCUCUGCGCCACAUUUUCAACAAUCACCCGGAUUGCGUUCUCGCGCGUCUAGUUCAAGUUAUCGCAAAAUGAGACGGCCGUUCUUGUCUAUGGUCCCAAGGGACAAAUGGGUAGAUCCAGAUAUAUAUCGAUAGUACUUGCUGUCAAAUCAACACUCUUGCUUACUGAAGGCGAUACAGCGUCAUUAUUUUGUAGCAAAUACUAGCAGCAGCC